AUGGCGUUAGACUCGAGAUCAGCAUAUUCACUCAGCGUGCUUUCACCACAACAUGAUGCUUCAUCUGAACCGCGUACCGAAUUGCAGUCCAAACUGAAGGAGUUUGUCCUCGCUUUCCAACUUGACGGCUCUUACAUCUACAGAGAUCAGAUUCGAGAGAAUGUUCUCGUCAAGCAAUACUACUGCGACAUCGAUCUCACCCACCUGAUCUCAUACAACGAAGAAUUGGCCCACAGAUUGACCAGCGAUCCCGGGAGUGUUAUACCUCUGUUCGAAGCUGCCCUCAAACAGUGCACCCAGCGCAUUGUCUUCCCUCACGACGCCGACGUCGAGCUCCCCCAGCACCAACUCCUCCUACACUCGUCCGUAUCUCACAUCUCAAUCCGCGACCUCAACGCCACAAACGUCUCCCACCUAGUCCGCAUUCCGGGUAUCGUCAUUGGCGCAUCGACCCUCUCCUCGAAAGCAACCGUUCUGAGCAUCCAAUGUCGGAAUUGCGAGCAUGUUCAGUUAUUGCCGCUAGAAGGAGGGUUCUCUGGCAUCACACUCCCGCGCACCUGUGGCAGGCCCAGGAUUCCUGGCCAAGAAUCUGGCGAUCCCUGUCCCUUGGACCCAUACUACGUGGUCCACGAGAAGUCACAAUUUAUCGAUCAGCAAAUCCUGAAGCUACAGGAAGCACCGGAUCAGGUUCCAGUAGGAGAACUACCUCGUCAUAUUCUAGUCUCUGCAGAUCGCUAUCUUACCAACAGAGUGGUGCCCGGGUCUCGAUGUACGAUCAUGGGUGUCUUUUCCAUCUACCAGGCGAACAAAGGUGGCAAGAGAGACAACGCAGUUGCAAUCCGAAAUCCAUACCUCCGCGCGGUCGGUAUAACUACCGAUGUUGACCAUGCCGCAAGCGGAGUGCAAUCGUUUUCCGACGAAGAAAUCCAAGAAUUUGAGGAAAUGUCACGACUCCCAGAUCUUUACGAGCGAUUUGCCAGAUGCAUUGCUCCUUCUAUCUAUGGAAAUGCCGAUAUCAAGAAAGCCAUCUGCUGUCUACUGAUGGGAGGCUCGAAGAAGAUUUUGCCCGACGGAAUGAGGCUCAGAGGAGACAUCAAUGUCCUACUCUUGGGCGACCCAGGUACCGCCAAAUCGCAGCUCUUGAAGUUCGUGGAGAAAGUGUCGCCGAUUGCAAUCUAUACCUCAGGAAAAGGCUCCUCAGCGGCAGGUCUGACUGCUUCUGUUCAGCGCGACACCCAAACGCGCGAGUUCUACCUGGAGGGGGGUGCAAUGGUACUCGCUGAUGGUGGCGUCGUGUGUAUUGACGAGUUUGACAAGAUGCGCGACGAAGAUCGUGUGGCAAUCCACGAAGCCAUGGAGCAGCAGACCAUCUCCAUUGCCAAAGCCGGCAUCACCACCAUUCUCAAUGCGCGUACUUCGGUUCUGGCAGCAGCAAACCCUAUCUUCGGGCGGUAUGACGACCUCAAGUCUCCCGGGGAGAAUAUUGAUUUCCAGACGACCAUUCUAUCUCGAUUUGACAUGAUUUUCAUCGUGAGAGACGACCACGAUAGAAAACGUGACGAGACAAUUGCAAAGCAUGUCAUGGGUAUACACAUGGGCAAUCAAGGCAUGGAGGAACAAGCCGAAGCUGAAAUUCCUGUCGAAAAGAUGAAGAGAUAUAUCACCUUCUGCAAAUCGCGCUGUGCACCUCGCCUCUCAGCCCCUGCCGCAGAGAAAUUAUCAUCUCAUUUUGUCUCCAUUCGAAAUCGCGUUGCUCAAGCCGAGCAGAAUAGCAACGUAAGAUCCUCCAUACCGAUUACAGUGCGUCAACUCGAAGCAAUCAUCCGCAUCACAGAAUCACUAGCCAAACUCACCUUAUCGCCCGUCGCGGAGGAACACCACGUUGACGAGGCCAUCCGCCUUUUCUUGGCGAGCACCAUGGAUGCCGUGUCUCAGGGUGAGGGGGCAGGCGGCUUGAGCGCAAAUCGGGAGCUGGUGGAGGAAGUGAGCAAGGUUGAAGAAGAAUUGAGAAGACGGCUCCCAAUCGGAUGGAGCACCAGCUUAGCAACAUUGCGACGCGAAUUCGUUCAAGGGAGAGGAUACAGUGAAGCCGCAUUGGCACGGGCUCUGCAUGUCUUGCAAAGAAGGGAAACGGUGAGGUUGAGAAAUGGAGGCAGUCAGGUGUAUAGAAGUGGCGUCUGA